CGCACUUCCGGGGGCGGGGCCCAACCACGGUCGGUUUCCACUGAGCCUGAGCCUUGGAUGAAUUCCGCAAGGCCGGCCACCGGAAGCUGAGCUUCUACUUCCGGGUCGGAGCCAUGGCGGUGGCAAAUUCAAGUCCGGUUAACCCAGUGGUCUUCUUUGAUGUCAGCAUUGGCGGCCAGGAAGUUGGUCGCAUGAAGAUCGAGCUGUUUGCAGACGUGGUGCCUAAGACGGCAGAGAACUUUAGGCAAUUCUGCACUGGAGAGUUCAGAAAAGAUGGUGUUCCUAUAGGAUACAAAGGAAGCACCUUCCAUAGGGUCAUAAAGGAUUUCAUGAUUCAGGGUGGAGAUUUUGUUAAUGGAGAUGGUACUGGAGUCGCUAGCAUUUACCGUGGUCCAUUUGCAGAUGAAAAUUUUAAACUUAGACACUCAGCUCCAGGCCUGCUUUCCAUGGCAAACAGUGGUCCGAGUACAAACGGCUGCCAGUUCUUUAUCACAUGUUCUAAGUGUGAUUGGCUGGAUGGGAAGCACGUAGUGUUUGGAAAAAUCAUUGAUGGACUUCUGGUGAUGAGAAAAAUCGAGAACGUUCCCACGGGCCCUAACAAUAAGCCCAAACUGCCAGUGGUGAUCUCACAGUGUGGGGAAAUGUAAUCUCAACCAAGACUGAACCGGAGCUAGAUGUGGAGGCUUGCACUUAGAAUCUCAGCAUUUGGAGGCUGAGGCAAGAUUGCCACAAGUUCACGGCAAGCCAAGGCAGCAGCAGCUUGGCCACCAGCAAAAAAGAAGGCUAGGGUGUUGCUCAGGAGCACAAAGUACCCACAGGGCCUGGGUCUGUCUCUACUAAGCAAAGGAAAAGAAAAAUAUGUAAAGUUCUAAUUUGAUGGUGUCAAGAUUAUUGGUCCCUUAAUGGCUUUCCUGUUUUGUCUUAUGUAACUAGCCUUCACUACCUCCAAUCAUAAUAGCCUCUGUGGUAGAGUCUGUACCCUAUGAAAUUUCUGUACUUUAUCUAUGUACUUAGUUAAUUGUAUCUAUUCAUUUAUUGUGAGUACCAGUGGAGGUCAAAGGACAACUUUCUUAAGUCUGUUCUGUCAUGUGAGUCCCUGGGAUCAAACUCAACAGCAAGGGUCUUAACCCUCUGGGCCAUCUCAUUGGCCUGGAUGGAGUCUUGUUUCAUUUUUGAGACAGGGUCUCUCCUUGACUGGCUUGUCUCCAGCUCACAGAGAUGCCUGUCUCUGCUCCUGAGUGCUGGGAUGAAAGAGGUGCGCCAGCAUGGUGUCAGAUACAAACAACCUCAGUGACUGAUCAUCAUCUGUGACCUGCUUGUGCUCAGCAUCUGGAAAAUACAGGCAUUCAGUAACACUACAUGAGGCAGUGGAGAGAAACCAAGCAUUUCGGGGAGGGGACUAGAGUGAGCAAUGCUGAGGCAGGAACGCACAAGUGCAUGCUGGGAGCUACAUGUGGACCUUUUUUGCCUAGGCAAAUGCUUCCUUCUCAAACUGAAUGGACACCGUGAGUCUUUCUGCCAAGAUGGGGGACCCCCGCUCCCGGCUCAACCUGCUCCCCACUUCAAGAGCUACUGACAAUUCUCUCCUGGUUUCCCUCAUUUCUUUGAUGUCACUAAUGAUGAGUUCAUAAGCUGAUCCCUGAUCAUCACUAGAUGAUAGAAGAUUACAAAAAGACUCCAAAAACAUUAGGAAAUGUAAAGCCUACCUAAAAAUUUAGGUCUCUCUUACCUACUUUCACCCUGUGAGGUUAUGCUUUGCAGUGGUCCCUGUGGCCAUUGCCUCUCAUCCCAUGAGGGUGCCCCACUUUGCUUUGUAAUAAAUUCUCUUUCACAUACA